AUGUUCGCCUCCCAAGCUAGCUCUACCGGCGUCUACGUCCCGGUCCACCGCCGAGGGCGUAGCUCUGACUCGACUUGCUCUGGGUCUGACUCCGAAUCAUACGGCGCGCGCUCGCCUUCGCCUGCUCUGUCCGCCACUUCAAGCACCUUCUCCGCACACAAUUUCCCAGUGUACACUCUCUCUGAGCUCCUUGCGCUUGCGGAGUCGCCCCUGACCAAGGGUGCACUGGAUGCCGAGACCCUCACGGCCAUGCGCAACGCUGCGCCCUCGGCGGUGCUCAGCCGGAGACAGAGGAAGAGCGUAGAGUGGCACACGCGUCAUCCCAGCCCCAGCAGCUCUGACGUCCAUAAUACCCACCACGCCCCGCCGAUGUCUAGCCCGCGCUCCAAGGGCGUAGACCGUUCGUCGCGCAGGCCUUCCCAUGGUAGCGCAAGCACCAGCUCGUCGGAUGAUGAGCGUAGUGGUCGCUCGACAUGGAGGCGUGUGCCUGCUCCUGGACGCGUUCUCUGA